CGUUCCUUCCAUUCCACCACAAACCAGCGAACCUCCGCUCUCCGCCUCUUCCUCCACGGCUCCACCACGCACUAACCCUAAAGCUUUCCCGCGUUGCCGGCGAUGAGCAGCCUUCGAGCCAUCUCCUCUCUCCUCCAUAUCUACUACUCGUCCGCCGCCGUGAGACGAGGCGCCGGGCGGCUGGGGUUCGCACCGGCGCUCGGCGGGAGCUUCCGGGUACCGUCGAAUUCCGGUCCGCCCGCGUUCGUGCUCGACGAGGUCGCUAGGGCGGCCGGCGGGGUUCGAAGGAGAGCGUCCACGCGCGCGGCGAGUUGGGAUUCGGAGAAGUCGCCGUACGAGACGCUUGAGCUGGGUAGGGAUGCAGACGAGGAGACCAUAAAGACUGCCUACAGAAGAUUGGCCAAGUUCUAUCACCCUGAUGUUUAUGAUGGUAAGGGAACCCUUGAGGAAGGGGAAACUGCUGAAGCUCGUUUCAUCAAGAUCCAAGCAGCGUAUGAGCUGUUGAUUGAUAAUGAAAGGAGAAGGGCAUAUGAUAGAGAUCAUCAUGUGAAUCCGAUGAAGGCUUCUCAAGCAUGGAUGGAGUGGGUAAUGAAGAAGCGGAAAGCUUUUGACCAACGUGGUGACAUGGCUGUGGCUGCUUGGGCUGAGCAGCAGCAACGCGAAAUGACACUACGGGCACGGCGUCUCUCACGCUCAAAGGUUGAUCCUGAGGAAGAAAGGAAGCUAUUUGCCAAGGAAAAGAAGGCAUCUAUGGAAUUCUACAGCACAACUCUGAAGAGACAUACCCUUGUGUUACGGAAGAGGGAUAUUAUGCGCAAGAAGGCAGAGGAGGAGAGGGAUAAUGAGAUCAGUAGACUUCUAGCGGCGGAAGGGCUUGAGCUGGAUACAGAUGAAGAUGAAAACAAGACUUUUUUGGGGCGAAAUAGUUGAACUCGUCGGGAACCCUGGUGCCUGGAGAUAUGCGCCGAGGAUCCAAGUAUAAUCUCUCGGGGCAGAGUUUAGCAUUUUACCGGAGAGCAGAAAGAAAAGGCAAAUGAUGGAUGCGUAAGGGCUGUAGUAGUAGGGUUGUAAUAUGAUUCAAUGAAAAAUUUCUUGCAAGCAAGAGAUACGCUUGAGAUAUGUAUUUUUCAUUGUUUUUGAACGUAACAGUGAUAAAGUGAUACAUGGUUUAUGAAUGUAAAUGAAUUGUACAGAUUUGUGA